GGAAGGGGGGGGGGGGUGAGGCGGCGACAAGAUGGUGAAGAUCUUCGUGGGCAACCUGUCGCGCUACUGCAGCCCGAGCGAGCUGCGCAGCAUGUUCGAGAAGUACGGCGAGGUGAGCGAGUGCGAGGUGGUGCGCAACUACGCGUUCGUGCACAUGGAGAAGCUGAGCCAGGCGACGCGCGCCAUCAAGGCGCUGCACCGGAGCAACGUGCACGGCGCGCACAUCACGGUGGGCGUGGCCAACGCGCGCACGCGCAACACCACCAAGGUCUUCGUGGGCAACCUGGCGGAGCCGGUGUCGGGCGCCGCCAUCAAGGAGCUCUUCCAGCGCUUCGGCCGGGUGGUCGACCUGGACGUGGCGCGCACCUUCGCCUUCGUCUACAUGGAGCAGGAGCGCCAGGCGCUGGCCGCCAUCCAGGCCCUGGACGGCACCCCGCUGAAGGGCCAGAACAUGUUCGUGCAGCUCUCCCGCUCCAACCCGAGCCGCGAGUCGUGGGACCUGGGCGGCGCCGGCGGCCCCCAGCAGCAGCCGCAGCAGUACCGGGACGAGGCGGGCCCGUACCCGCCCUCCAGGCCUCCGUCGGCCGGCCACCACUACUACUACUACGAGGACGACCAGGCCGGCUACUACGACCCGUACCGGCCCCCUCCGCCCCGGGGCGGGGGCCGGCCGCCCCCGUUCGGGCCUCACUCGGCUUACCAGGACCACCGCCGGGCCCCUCCCGGCAUGAUGAGGCCCGUGCCCCCUCCGCCGCCGCAGUACCUGAGGGCCCCUUACCUGAACGGCUACGGCUCCAGGCUUCGUGGUUACUGAAGAUUUUUUUAGGGCGGGGGGGGGAGGGUUGAGGUGUUAGAUCUGCGGGUGGGCGAAGGGCUGUCUACCUCGACCCCCCUCCUCUCCCUCCAUCUCUCCCCUUCUCUUAUCCCCCCCCCUCCCGAAGACUCCCCAUAGAGAACGAGCAAGAUUCCACCCCCGCAUCACCACUCGCAGGCUGCUCCUGGGUGGGAUAGAGGGAUUAAGAAGGCCCACUGAAGCUUUGCGAGGUGUUUUUGUUGGGGUUGGGGGGGGGGGAAGAGAAAGAAUGCGAAGAGAUCGCCAUCUAGAAAUAGUCUUUGUUUGCUGGGAGGUUGUGCAGGUUCCCUGAUACAAAGCCAUGGGGAGGGGGGGGGAAAUUGUGAAUCUCACCUUAAAGUUAGCAGGCUUGGUGGGGUGGGGGGGUCUUGGGACAAGGCUGGAUGGGCUUUGACAAUUCACUAUCACCACCUCUAGUACUCUAGGCCUACAGCAAUCAAACAGACGACCCCCCCCCUUAUUUUGUUUAGCUUUUCAUCUUUUCUGUGGUGGGUUUUCCUUAUCCUUUUAUGUUUUAAGUUCACUACCCUUUUGUGUCUCUACCAUUUCUCCCAGCUAUCAUGCAAACCUGUUUCUCUUUUGCCAGAUCCCCUUCCUCUUUUUUUUAGAGAGCCGUUUGAGUUCCUGCUUGGAAAAAGUCACUCAGCAGCGAAGAUUAAUGGGAUUGGUGGGGGUGGGGGAGUGGAAUGAUUACAGGAGGAACUGAGAUGACACCGAGCCGAGACAGGCUGCUGGAUGCAAUUUGACUUUCUGAAGGAGCGUCAGUCUGUCUGAUCCUUGUAGAUUUUGGAGCCAGCUGUUCUGCUUAUUCUCUGGGGGAUGGCAGUGGUCUGAGUUCAUUCGGUGACUUGCAUUGUUUGGAGUGAGGGCUGGAACUGGGACUCAUUCACGUCUCUGCUAUAGCGGGGGACCCGAUAACUACAGUUUGGAAUCACCUGGGGCUUUGAAGGAAGGGGCUGGAACUGGGACUGGCGCUGUUAUCCUGAGGAAGUCUUCUAACUUCAUUGUCUGCUCAAGAUUCAUUCUUCUGAUUGGGGAGGGGGGUGGGUCUGUUAAUGGGA